UGAAAUUACAUCCCAAAUUCGCUCUACGGCCUGCGUUGAGGUUGUCUGUGUAUAUAUCCAACAAGAAGAAGGCCAGCAGCGGAAAUCGUCAUCGUCUCCGAUAAUAAUAGAGUAGAUUGUCGUGCGUACACAGACGCACAGCAAUGGGAAACCAGAAGCAAAAAUGGACGGCGGAGGAGGAGGAGGCGUUGCUCGCCGGAGUUGCCAAGCACGGUCCCGGCAAGUGGAAGAACAUUCUCCGGGAUCCUGAUUUCUCUUCUCAGCUCACUCAUCGCUCCAACAUCGACCUCAAGGAUAAGUGGCGUAACUUGAGUGUUGCUCCUGGUAAAGUAGCAUUUCUUCCUGAAGGUGAAAGCUUCUUCUCAGUUGAGACAAUAGGUGAACUUCGACCACCAUGGAUCCUUGGAGUAAACAGCAUGGACAUCAACAACAUGGAGGAUUGGUUACUCACCAUUACAGCAGCUGCUGCCGCUGCCAGUACUGCAACCACCAAUAUUAACCCUUCCCCAGCUGCAUCCCUUCCACGUAGUGCGUCUUCUGAUUUGAGCAUGGAUGACAACUCUUUAAAUAUUGCCGUGGACGCGAAAAAUGCUCCCAGGUACGAUGGGAUGAUAUUUGAAGCUCUUUCAGCCUUAUCUGACGCAAAUGGAUCUGAUAUCACUGCUAUUCUCAGCUUCAUUGAGAAAAGGCAUGAGUUGCCGCUAAAUUUUAGAAGGAUCCUUGGUUCAAGAUUGAGGAGGCUCGCUGCUCAGGGCAAACUUGAAAAGGUGCAGAACUUCUAUAAGAUAAGUGAUCCAUCUGGAACAAGAACACCGGCCCCGAGGCAGAAAGACACCAAUCUCAAACCUCGACAAUCCAACAGUCAGAGUAAUACAACUGUUACUCAGGAGAUGGUGGAGGAAGCUGCAAUAACGGCGGCCUAUAAGGUGGUAGAGGCAGAGAACAAAGUGGAUGUGGCCAGAGGAGCAAUGGAAGAGUUGGAGAGGAUGACCAGAAUUGCAGAAGACACUGAAGUCUUUCUAGAGAUUGCGAAAGAGAUACACGAACGAUGUUCUGGGGGAGAGGUGGUGCUCUUGGCCUGAAGCUCAUCAGACCGUGUGCUGUAUCCAGCAUUCUGUGAGUGAGGAAGAAUCUGAUUCUGAUGCUGUAAUCAUAGCUUGAUUAAAUUUGUAUCAAUUCUGACUAAUUGUAUACGUUCUUUUUUAGGUUCCUUAACCAUCAAUUUGUAUGCAAAAUUAGAGUUUGAUGGCCUGAGCCCUCUUCUUGUUCA